GCAGCUCGUGGAAGCCAGCAUUUGCAACGUCCUCCUCACAUGCUUUGAAGAUCCUUGCGUCUUCCUGUAACUACCACUGUGCGCAGAAUCCCACUCAAGGAACGUCUUGGUCCAGCGAUGCAAAGAACUGACGUUUCAAGCUGGAAGAGCCGGUAUUGUCCUCAUUAUAGUAUAGAAGAAUUCAAGACAGGAGAGAGAGACAGCAGCGAAUGAAGACUAUAAUAGGAAAGAAGAAGGAACAUCAAAGAUUGAGAAAAUCUGCCAAGACAAGGAGGGUAACCCAGAGGAAGCCUUCUUCAGGGCCUGUUUGCCGGCUAUGCCUUCAAGAACCUGGGGAUCCCGAAAAAUUAGGGGAAUUUCUUCAGAAACACAAUCUCAGUGUGCAUUAUUUCUGUCUUAUCCUAUCUAGCAAGCUGCCUCAGAGGGGCCAGUCCAAUAGAGGGUUCCACGGAUUCCUGCCUGAGGACAUCAAAAAGGAGGCAGCCCGGGCCUCUAGGAAGAUCUGCUUUGUGUGCAAGAAAAAGGGAGCUGCCAUCAACUGCCAGAAGGAUCAAUGCGUCAGAAACUUCCAUCUUCCUUGUGGCCAGGAAAGGGGUUGCCUUUCACAAUUUUUUGGAGAGUACAAAUCAUUUUGUGAGAAACAUCGCCCAACACAGGACAUCCGAUGGGAGAAUGUGGGGGAGGAAAGCUGUGUCUUGUGCUGUGAAGACUUAUCCCAAGCAAGUGUUGAAAACAUCCAGAGUCCGUGCUGUAGCCAAACUAUCUACCACCGCAAGUGCAUACAGAAAUAUGCCCACACAUCAGCAAAGCAUUUCUUCAAAUGUCCACACUGCAACAAUCGAGAAGAAUUUCCUCAAGAAAUGCUAAGAAUGGGAAUUCAUAUUCCAGACAGAGACGCUGCCUGGGAACUCGAGCCAGGGGCUUUCUCGGAGUUGUAUCAGCGCUAUCAGCAUUGUGAUGCCCCCAUCUGUGUGUAUGAACAAGGCAGAGACAGCUUUGAGGAUGAAGGGAGGUGGCGCCUCAUUCUGUGUGCUACAUGUGGAUCCCACGGAACCCAUAGGGACUGCUCCUCUCUCAGAUCCAACUGUAAGAAAUGGGAGUGUGAGGAGUGUGCGCCUGCUGCUGAAGCCACAGACUGCACACCUGAAAACUCAGGUGACAUCCCCUGUUGCAGCAGCACCUUCCACAGGGGGCAUUUCUGCAGAGACACCAGCCUGGAACAGAAUCCGGGCCCUUCUUGGACUGACUGGCCAGGCUCUUCCUCAUUAGAAAAACCGGAGUCCUCUGGUUGCAGGACGAGGGCCCACUCCUGGCGAUCCAAGGGUGUCAAAAUCACUAAGAGCUGCAAAAAGUCCAAGUAACAGUUUCUGAGUAGUCGCUGCCAAGCACAUUUGAGUACAAAGCUGUGUUCCUCCAUCAGGUUUGGGGGAGGGAGCACUUUGGCACUGUGAGACAAGGAAAGGGGGCUAGCAGUGAGACUCUGAACCAAAGAAAGAGAAGUCCCAGGGGAACAUGAGUUCAGAGCAGAGUCCUGAUGCCAACCACAGGACGCGUUUGUGGCUUUAAGAGCACCUCUGCUCUUUCUGCCUGAUUCCCAGAGGGUCUUUUCUACUCUUCUUUUUCCCCCAAGAUUCUUCCACCUUGAUCUUGUUCUCAUAUACCUCUUCUGACUUCACCCACGUUUGUUAUUAUACAAAUAAAAGUUUUCUCUCCAUUGCUGUCUCCUUAUGCAUUCACUCUGGAAUUU